AUGGGUGUCCAAGACGUUGUAGCUCGUCUCAACAAAUCAAAGUCAGCAAAUACAUCAAAACCCACAAGCAGCAUUCCACCUGUGCCAAAGAGAAAGAUUGUGAUGACAGUGGAUGACAAGAGACUGCCACCCUCGCCAGCCAUGUCUCCUACAUCCACCAUCGCCAGCAGUAGCAGAAAAGACGAGAAUCCACCCACAGCGAAUGGCAUUGCUUCCAUGAUGCAAAGAUUUGAGCAGAAAUCUCCUUUGCCUACCACCACUACCACCACCGCUACCACCACCACUACCACCACCACUACCACCAAAUUACCAUCUCCUCCAGAAUCACCAUCACCACAACAAAACAAGCUAAAUGUCACACAAAAGCCUAGAGAUGCACAUUCUUUGUUCAAAUUUGACGCAACCGCAUCUGAAAUUGUCGAUCUCUUUCAGUCAUUGCUGGAUCAAAAUGCAGCUGCAGAGGAGUACAUCAAAACACUGAAACAAGAUGUCGAGAAAUACGCUUCAGAUGCCACCAAAGUGAGAGAUUACGAGAUCCGCGUAGAAUACUUGGCACUGAAACUAGAACAAGUGUCGGAAGAGAGAGACUAUUUCGAAAAGGAACUGAAUGAAUUAGCACACAAACAAAAGCAGACUACGGUCAUGUCGAGUCCUUUAUCCCCUGCAUAUAGUCAAAUUGGUCAGCGGGAUAUCGUGAUUGAAGAUGAGCAAAAACUACAGAGCCAAAACAACGAUGCCUAUAUGGCUGACCUGUUGAACGUAUAUGAAGAGAUAUCGGAUCAAGAUGACCAUGAAGGGGGCGACGAUAUGCAACUGUUUGAUGAGCAAAGUGCCAGUCAAAUACAAUCACAGCAAGAAGAGAUUGAGAUACUGAACGACAAGCUGAUUGAAUGUGAUCGAGGUGUUCAAAUCACAUUGAUGAAAUACGUUGCAGACUUGGAAACGCAGAGAUUGGAAGCCAAGGCAUUAAAGCAAGUUGUCAAGAAGCAAGAUGAGCUGAUUACAAAGCUGGAGACCAAGAUCAAAGAGGUUCCAGAGAACCCUGAUGAGCUGCUCAAAGAACAAGUCGAGGUGCAACGUGUGGAACUGGAGAAUAAGCGUGAAUUGCUAGCACAGCUUCUGAACGAAAGAGAAGACUUGCUGAGAAGACUCAACAGCAAUCAACGGAACUCAGUACUAAGGAGAUCUUCGAUUGAACUCUUGACAAACAUCAUCAACAACAGACCUGCUUCAUUCUCUUCUGUGGCAUCAUCUUCUGGUAGAGGAACCCCACCUUUGACAGCCCCACCAAAGCAACCAUUACCACCAUUACCAUCUCCCACAUCAUCAUCUUCUGCUUAA